CAACCCUCUCGUGGAGUGAGCCGAGCGAAAGUACCACAAUGAAAUAUCAUAUUUUCUUAGGUUUCUUUGCUGUGGUCGCAGCCUACCCUGGUUUCAUCCAUGAGCAGUAUCCUCAAGUCGAGGAGAAGUACGAUCAUCAGGGUUUGAUCGGAGAGUCAGGGCAUUCCCAUCAGAUACAGCAUGAACAUGCAAAGUCGCACCAGUCUAUUAAGUUUGAACACUUCCACCCGGUGCCCGUGUAUGUGAAGAAAGAGCACAGUCAUCUUCUGAAGCAUCCUCUUGAGAAGGGAACUAGCGAGCAAAAUUUGAAACAGAUUCACCCUGAGGCACAGCACAACCACGGUGGCGGUCUGGUGCUUGAGGACCACAGACUCGACACAGAACAUCUCGCUGCCAGCCUCGGCCACGGUGGCUAUGAACAAGGCCUCGAGCACGGAGGAUACGAAUCAUUGGGUGGAUACGAAGGAUCCGAAGGCUUGAAGGCUUACGCUGAGCUCCAGCAGCCCCAGUCUGAAGGACAUUACUACCCUGAACACAGCCAAGGUGUGUCAGGAGAGAGCUCUGAAGGUUACAAAUACGAAGGCUACAACUAAUCACAUUUAUUUUAAAAUAUUUCAACGGGCAUAUCCGUGGAGUCUGUCUCCACUAUCUAAAAUUAUUUUAGGUUAACGUCUUGCCUGUAUCCGUUGUAUUAAGAUAAGAUCUAGUUGACGAACUGAUAUUUCGAUUGCUUUAAGCUUUUGUGGUUGUUAAGGCUUCGUAUUUUGAACGCUACGUACCUGAGAUAGAUGUAAUCAGUGAAUCGUUGAGAGCAUUUUUAAGGAAUUGCUGAAAUUAAAUUAAAUUUUGUUAAAUUUUUUGAAUGUGGAUUUGUAUGAGAAAAUUAAAUUAUGAAUGGCAUUAGUUAUUCUUGGUGUUUCGUAGAAAAUUCUGUCGAUUAUUGUACUGUAUGACUGUGUCUGUUUGAUUGUUACUUUUAUUGUUCGAAUGAUUAUUUGAUUUUUCUUUAUUGUGACUUAGAGUGUAUUGCUGCGUUCCAGUUUAAUUGUGAUAUUAAUAAAAUGUUGAAUUGAAAA